AUGCCGAAUUAUUCAACCAUUUCUGGAGAGAGCUCCGCCUCCACCGGCGAUAUGACAAGACAAAAGCGGGCUCGCGGUCGUCCAAAAGACACUGGAGGAGGACAGGCCACCAUGAUUAGCAGUGUUAUUAACCUUCUUAAUACUAUUAUCGGCGCUGGCACACUAGCGAUGCCCUCGGCUAUGUCACACUUCGGAAUGGUAGCCGGAGUUAUCGUAAUCCUAUGGUCAGGGUUUACAUCUGCCUUCGGUCUAUACCUUCAGUCCCGAUGCGCACGAUAUCUCGACCGUGGCACCUCAUCGUUCUUCGCCUUAUCCCAAAUGACAUAUCCCAACGCCGCUGUUAUUUUCGAUGCUGCGAUUGCCAUAAAGUGUUUCGGAGUUAGUGUAUCAUAUAUAAUUAUUAUCGGCGACUUAAUGCCAGGUGUGGUGGAAGGCUUUGACGGCAGAGCGGCUGAUAUUCCAUAUUUGAUGGAGCGUAACUUUUGGAUCACCGUCUUUAUGCUCGUUAUAAUUCCUCUAAGCUUCUUGAGGCGCCUAGAUUCUCUGAAGUACACCAGCAUUAUUGCCCUGGUUUCGAUAGGGUAUUUGAUCGUGCUAGUUGUCUAUCACUUCGCUUCGGAUGUUCUUGCACCUAGAGAUAAAAUCCGGUUUGUCUCGUGGGGAGGGCCCGUGGAAGCUCUCGCCAGCUUACCAGUGGUUGUUUAUGCAUACACCUGCCACCAAAAUAUGUUUUCUAUUCUCAACGAGGUCUCGAAUAAUUCCCCCGCUAGCAUAAUGGGUAUCAUCUUUUCUAGCAUUGGUUCUGCUGCUGGUGUCUAUAUACUGGUCGCUAUUACUGGAUACUUGACCUUCGGCAACGAUGUUACAGGCAAUAUUGUCUCCAUGUAUCCCGCAUCGGUUGCCUCUACUAUCGCCAAGGCGGCUAUUGUCGUUCUUGUAACAUUUUCUAUCCCGUUACAAAUACAUCCGUGCCGAGCAUCUGUAGAUGCAGUUCUUAAAUGGCGACCCAAAGAUGUAUCUCGCCCUCAGGGGCGGACAAAUUCCCCUGGCGGCCGACCGCUUCUCCCAAACCCCGCUCAAUCACGAUCAGAUCAUGGACCGAGCGCGCCUAUGUCAGACGUGCGCUUUGCCAUUUUAAGCACGAUUAUUAUAGUGUUAGCUUAUAUCGUUUCCCUAACUGUGGUCUCGUUGGAACGAAUGUUGGCUUAUGUCGGUUCCACGGGAAGCACGAGCAUCAGCUUCAUUCUUCCGGGUCUAUUUUACUACAAAAUCUCGGACCCGAAUUCGAUCCACCAGCAACGCCUAACUAAAGAAGAUGACGAUGUGCUGUCUCCCCCCAGCUCUGAUUCCGAAGAGGGAGACGGGGACGAAGGGCUUCUGGGGAGAAGCGUAGAAAGUAUUCACAGCGUAGCCAGCGGUUCUAGUGCUAAGAGUAAGAAUACGAAGUCUCCAUGGCGCUGGCGGAGGAAGUGGAGGUGGGAUAUGGAGCAUAUUAACCCCAAGUUCUUAAGAGGGGCGGCGCUUGCCUUGUCUAUCUACGGCGGAUGUGUUAUGGUCGUAUGCCUGGGGAUGAACUUGGUCGGUACCGUAACAGCACAUUAA